AUGAUGGUUUCACAUAAUGUUAAUUCCUCGACUACAGUUGCUGAUGAUGUUAAUUCAUCAACAACAGCUGUUGGUGAUGUUAAUUCAAAUCAAGUGUUGGUGCAAAGAUCUGCCAGUGGUCACAAGGAUCAAGAUGGAGAAGAAGUGUAUAACAAUUCAGCACUUAUCAAUAACAAUCAUCAUACGGAAUCAAAUACCGAUGUUCAAGACCAAAAGUGCUCACGGUACGAUUCAUUGAUUGAAAAGAAUAAGACCUCUGAUGGAACACCUGCGACUCAUAACAGAUCAAUCGUGCGUCGUGAAGAAUCAUCAAGUGACUUUCAAACAAAUGCUACACCAGUUAACAUGCUCAAUCGCUCAUCUUUAACAGGAUCCACUUUGAAUCGACAAUCUUCAUUACCACAACAGCCUCAAUCCAAAAGUGAUAAACAGUCGGAUGAAUCACGUGUUGGACGUUCAGCGAUACUUUCAUCAAAACACCAUCAGCAAUCAUUGCAUUCAUGUUCAUCGAAUGAUAAUAAUUAUACACUGUAUAAUUCCGAUCAUUUAUCUCAAAGUCCUACAACUUUAAGACAUUCAAUUGAAAAAAGCAAUACAAAGUUAGAAAAAUUAAAAAGAUCAAUCGGUUCUUCAAAUUCAUUAUCAGCACUUCCCUAUGGUUCUUCAACAGAGAGCAGAACAAAUGCAGGUGACCAGAAAUAUCAAGAAGGCGAUGAAAUAAUUGAAAGUAAAACUAUCACGGGCGAAACAAAUCAAAAUCAUAAAUGCCGAACACUCAGUAGAACAAAUGAUUUAAUAAAUCAAUCCUUACAAUCGACGUCAAAACCUACUUUGCGUACUUCUAAAUCAUUUGAUGCAUCUGUCCGUCAUCGAUUAACUCCACCACAUACACCUCCAUCUACUCCAGAGAUGUUACCAAAAGGAAAACGACGAUUGCACGUUGUUUCAUUAAAUUUAUCUACAUCUGAAGAAAGUAAUGAUUCAUCUCGGCCAUCCAUUUUUUCUGGUUCAAGUCAUAUGAAACAACAGAAACAAAAUAAGAAAGAGACACUCAUUGUUCCAUCCCAUACUCCUCAACGAUCUCCAUAUGAUCAAACCUCUUCGCCGAUAGAUGAUCAACAAAGAUUGGAAUCACCUGCAUAUGACCAGGCUUAUUAUCAAUCACGGGAAAUCGUCAGACGACCGAAACAGUCGAUCAAUAUUGCGUACGUACCUUCAUUACCAUCUAACGACUUUAGUAGUAAAGAACUUGAGUCGACAAUUCAUAAUUGUCUGUACCGUGAUUACCAGCUACUAGUAAGCGAUAUAAAAUGCAGUUCACAAUUAGAUGUCGGUAUUGUAUAUCUACGAAACGAGAAAGACAAAUCUCAUUUAGUUAACACUAUCAAAAGCAUUAAUAUCAACUCAAAAUCAAAUGAAACGGUAUCAUUUGUAGCUGAAUUCGAGUUAGUCUCCUAUGUGGUUAUCGAGCCUAAGAAUACCAAAGAUCUUCCACUGGCCAAUGAUAUAUGUCAACAAUGGAUAAAAGUCUACAAUGGUAACCGACCAUUGAAAUGUGAAAAUUUAUGCGAUGAAUUUCGGAAUAUAUUUCGAGUAGUUACAAAUAUAUUUGAUGAACUUACCAAUACUAUACCAAUAACUGAAUUCUUAGUUGGAAAGCAAAAGGCUACUGUUUAUUUUCGAGCUGAUUGUUGUUUUUUCGAAACUUUACCGAGAACAUUUAAUGAAGAUAAUUUGAAAUAUGCUAUUGGUAAACAAAUUUCUGAAAAGAAUAUAUCAAAUGAAUCCAUUUAUAUUCGAUAUAACAAAACAGAAGCCAAUGCUGUUGUAUUAACAUGUAAUAAAGCUCGAAAAUGGGGAUUAUUUCGUUCAAUCAAUUUAGAUGGACAAUUUAUUAUGAAGAAAGAUAAAAUCAUUUAUCGUUUUAUAAUGCGAUCUAUACCCAAAAAUAUUUCGGUUUCAUAUAUCAAAAAUUCCGAGAUUUUUGCCGGCACCGUUAUAAAGGCGAUAUCGUGUGACAAUGAUAUCAUUCUGGAACUAUUGAGCAAGAAUGUCUAUGAAAAAUGUCUCAAACAAGGUGUUUUACGUAUCAAUGGUCAUACUAUAAAUAUCGAAACCUAUUCAUUGCCGAAUAAUUAUGAAGAUUUGGAAAUUGAUGCCGACAAUUGGUAUGAAACAGAAAUGUGUGCUUAUAAAUCUGAUAUUAUGCAGUUUAUUAUUCAGCCUGAACAUCCAAUUUUUCAAUUCAAAUGGAAUUCAAAAGCAUUUUUAGAACAAUUUCAUCGUUGGACUUUGAAAGAUACUAAUGAACGAGAUCAUCAUGAAACAAUAAGUAAUCAACAGCGUCAUUUAUUACGAAUGACAGUAAUGUUAAACACAAUUGGCAUUUUGAAAAAGGGAAGUUACUAUAUAGCUGACAAGGAAAUCAAAUUGAAAUCAGAUCAAUUGAAAACAAUUGUCUACAAUCAUCAGUCGAAACUGCAACAUGGUAAGACAAUAAAAUUGUCAGCUGCAAUCAACUAUCCAUAUAAAACUACAUUAGUCAAUGUAAUAAAUGAAGAUUGUCUCAUUGUUUACGAUUACUUAGUCUCUCAGGGAUGUCGUCCAUUGCUUCUCAAUAUGGCGAAUGCAUAUUCACCAGGUGGUGGUUAUCGUAAAGGUGACGGUGCACAAGAAGAGAAUCUUUUUCGUCGUUCUGAUUACUUUCGAAGUCUCGAUAUGGAUCUUGACGAUAGAAAACCAACAGAUCGUUUUUACUGUACAUCAAAUGGUGAAUUAAAAUCGUUAACCGAACGUAAUCGAAUGUAUCCAAUGGAUGAAUUUGGAGCGAUCUAUACAUCAGGAUUGACAUUUUUUCGUCAUUCUGAAAAUGUUGGCUAUGAUUUCAUGGAUAAACCUAUGUUCAAUGUAUGUGCUAUAGCCAUAGCUGCUUAUCGAAAUCCAAAACUAAAUGAUAAUAAUAAAAAUCUUCUCAGCUCAAAAUAUUCGAUUCGUAUGCGCAAGAAAAUUGAAAAUAUUUUUGCUAUUGCUCAUCAUCAUAAGCAUGAUUGUCUUGUUCUUUCUGCAUUUGGUUGUGGUGCUUUUCGAAAUCCACCAGAACAUGUUGCAAUAAUAUUUAAAUCAGUUAUCGAACAAUAUGCAGGAUUUUUCAAGAGAAUUUGCUUUGCUAUUAUUGAUGAUCAUAAUACUGGUCAUGAAUUUAACCCUCAUGGAAAUUAUCAACCUUUUCGAGAAGUACUCGAUAACUUGGAAAUCAAACCCACACGACAGAAAAUGAUCGAUAUGAUGAUUGGACCUUGGCGAAUUUUGAAUGAAACAAACAAUGAUGAAAUAACCUUAAGUAGUGUUCGAAUUCAUGAUUUACCUUUGUGCCGUUAUGGAGGUAGAUGUAGAGACUUAGAAAACAAGCAACAUUGUCGUGAAUAUUUGCAUCCACCACUAUGUCCGUACGCUAAUAGUUCGAAAUAUUGUGAAUUGAAAGACAAUAAUGAUCAUAUGCUUUGGUUCAAACAUCAAAGAAAAUCUUCACAUGAUGCUAAACGUGAACUGAUCGACACUCCAAUGAAUAAUAUGGACAUUGAAUACGAUGUUAAUAAUAAAAAACGCAUAACAGAAGAAAAUCGUUCGUUUCUGCAAACUUGUCCAUUUACGCCAUAUCAUUGUCGAUAUCAUACUUUACUAUCGGAAUCAACAAAUAUUCAAACGCUAGCACUCGAUGUUCGAAAUCAUUGUCGUGAGUUUUUACAUGUGUGUCGAUUCGGUCGUCAAUGUCGUGAAACAUCAAGUUUACAUUUGGAAAAAACCAUUCAUAUUGCACGCAACAUGUGUCCAUACGGAGAUAAAUGUUUCAAACUGUGUCAAGAAGAUCAUUUGAAUUCAUUUUCACAUUUAGGCAUCCCUGAUAUUCGUCAUCUAUGUAUGUCUCCAGCCUAUGAGUGUCGAGAUCUACAAAAGCGCGAACAUAUUAUCCGAUAUCGACACAAUGGAAAUUACGAUCGUAGUGGUGUCAUUCAAUAUUGUAGAUUAAAUAAACAUAUAGAUUUUCUUCGAAAUCAACAAAUACUGAUUGAAAUAAUUACUGAGUAUACUAAAAAUUUGCAAUCGAAAGUUUCACUAUCAAUUUCAAAUUCAAUUCAAAGAUAUAUUAAAGGAUUACUACCAGUUUAUCAAUGUUCAAAAGUAAUUUUUGAAUUAAUACUUGUUCAUGGUCAUGUUAUGUCUCACAAACGUAUAGAUGAGCUGAAAAUACCGAAAUACUUAAUCCAAAGUAUUCAACGAAACAAAAAAAUUGAAUCGAUAAUCACACAAUAUAAUAACCCAACACUUAAAGAUCGUAUAAAAGAUUAUAUUAACGCUAUUGUCUCUAAUGAAUAUAGUAAACGAGAUCAUCAAACUAAAUCUAGGAUGACUAAUACAAGAACGACUUCUUCUCACUUAUCAACAGUAGAAAGACCUGAUGAUGAUUUUAACAAUACUAUCCGUAACGAAGAAAAUUUUUUGAAAGGUAUACUAAGUCUAACAGACAUCGAUAUCAUUCGUCGAUGUGUCAUGGAAAUUAUUGAAGCAUCAUCGAAUCUUGAAAUUAAUUCCACUAGUAGUCGAAAAACAUCUGAAGAAUUAUCCGAUGUUGACGAACAUAUUGAUACUAUUCUUGGUCCACGACUUCAUCCUGAUGGUGGAAAUAUUGUUCUUAUAUUCAAAAGGCAAGUAAUGCUUCAUCCAGAUGCAAAUUUUUCCAUUCAAUCAAAAGCUUCAUUUUUAAAUGGAACUACAUUCAUUCAUCGACCAUGGAUCAAAGAUUCGAGUACACGCGAAGAGCGAUUCAAGCAAUUUCAGAAAUCAAAAUUACAUUGUUCAAUAUUGGGAUAUGAGCAUUCAGCUGCAGCUGAACUUAUAGCUGCAACAGGUUUGAACAAGAAAACAAUGGAUGUCGAUUUAAAAGCAAUUAUAAAACAUUUGACAAGUAUUGAUUCAGAUCAAUUAUUCGAAGGUCAUUUACCUGAUUUUAUUCCUCUGAAUUACAUAGCAGAAGUUUACAUACCGAAAAAUCUCUUUGCAUCUCUUACACCAACAGCUCAAACGGCAGCCAAAUCGAUUUUUCGUGAUUCAUUGCGUAUAACAAAUCAUGAAAUCAAUCUCAAUCCUACAGCUAGUAGAGAAUCACGUGUGUUGCAGAAAAAUCGUACUGAAUAUCAACAGCAUGUUAUUGAUAAAUUGGUUGAAAAGUUCGACCAAAACAUUAAUUGUGUACAACAAUUACGCGGGAUUGCUAUUACUUUACCGUCGAGUCGUUUCGUCGAACAUGUCGCAUUACCUUUCACAAUAGCGCAAAUUUAUGAUCAAUAUCGUCGAAAUAGAAAACAAGAUUCAAUUUCCGAUGAAAUCUACGUUUAUUUUCAAGCGAUGUAUGGUGAUGUAAUGAUCACAUUAUCGAAAGAACGAAUUGAUGGCGUUGAAAAUCGACGAGCUGUACAAUGUCUUGUGUGUUAUAUUGCUGAAACACCAUCGACUACACCAAGUGAUUAUAAAGAAUCCUAUUCAUAUUUGAAUUAUGGUGACCCAUUUCAACAUGCAUCUAUUAUGGAUAGCCAUGCGUUUUUAGCACAUUCAAAUACAUUCCAUCGUGGUUGUAAUGUAGAUGAUUUUCUUAAUUAUUGUUUAAAACUCGAGAAAAACACUGGUCAAGUGACACUUUCACAUGUUGGACCGAAUAGUAUCUACAAUUAUGACACAAUUUCCUACAGAUUUAAGAAAUCUAACCUUGAUUUGAAUGAUUUAAAUUAUAUUCAUAUCAGUGCUGGUUUACGACAAGUACCUAUUCGAAAUAUGAUGGUUUGCUUUCAUCAAGUGCCCGAGUUACAUCCUACAUUUGAAAAAAAUUUUAAACGAAAUAGCACUUCUCUUAGUCAACAAAAUCCUCAUAGUUCUGAUCGUUGUCAAUCUGCAGCAGCUGCAAAAUCGACAGACGAUAAAUCACAAUCGACUUUCUCGAAAUCUAAUAAGUUGAUCCGUAGUCCAUCUAGUUUUGAUAUUGAUAAAGAAAAACUAAGACCAUGUCGUGAUUCAAUUAAUUGUCUUCAACAAACAUUAGACGAUCACUGUAAGCGAUAUUCUCAUCCCUGUCGAUUUUCUGAACUUUGUCGUAAUCAAGACAAAGAACCAUAUUUGACACAUGAGCCACAUCCAGUAGAAAAAUGUUUACAUGAUACAUUCUGUAAGCGUCUUGAUGACCCUUUCCAUCGAGCGACAUAUCGGCAUACGAAUCUUCCUGAUUUUCUUAUUCCAUGUCGAGAUCAACGAACUUGUCAAAUUCGAUCAACAGAGCAUCGAAUAAAAUAUUCGCACGGUGAAAAUGUCGAACGAAUAUCAACAGUAGCAACAAUCGAUAAACCACGAAUGCUUUCUCAAGCCUCAUCAGUAUCAUCUGAAAGUUAUGCUGAAAAGCAACAUAAUCGUCAUGAAAAUCGUGAUGAGCAAAUACCUUGUCGAUACGGAUCAAAAUGUCGCGACCAAAAUAAUUCUGGACAUUGUUCUCGGUAUUCUCAUCCAUCCGAACUUGGACUAAAAUCUUCAUUUAAUCAAGAUCGUUCGCGAAUACCGUGUUCUUUUGGUUCUGCUUGCUAUAAUACUAGUGAUGCUGAUCACUGCUCAAAGUAUUCGCACUCCAGCGUGCAAGGAUAUCAACCUGAAGCUAUUGGCAAUCAUCAAAGAAUACAAUGUCCUUCUGGUAUCAAAUGUCGAAAUAAUGAUGCUCUUCAUCUAUCCAAAUACUCACAUUCAUUCAAAUAA